AUGGCCAGUCCUCCAGCAGUUGAAGAUCAAGCCAGGCUGCUGGAAGAUGCCCUGACAGUUGUAAGGCAGCAGACGCACCUGAUGCGCAAGUGCCUCGAGACGCCCGGAAAGCUUAUGGACGCAUUGAAAUGCAGCUCCACCCUUGUUUCUGAGCUCCGAACGAGUAGUCUUGGGCCCAAACAAUACUACGAGCUCUACAUGGGAGUAUUUGACGCUCUCCAACAUCUAUCUGCCUACCUUAAAGAUUCGCAUCCGGUCAAUCAUCUAGCCGACUUAUACGAACUUGUUCAGUAUGCCGGCAAUAUCAUACCUCGACUGUACCUGAUGAUAACCGUCGGCACGGUAUACAUGUCAAUUCCAGAUGCGCCAGUCAAAGAGAUCAUGAAGGAUAUGAUGGAGAUGAGCAGGGGCGUUCAGCAUCCUGUACGAGGGCUAUUCCUACGGUUUUACCUCUCUGGCCAAGCCCGUGAGAAUCUACCUACGACCAAUAGCGAUGGCCCCGAGGGCAACCUCCAAGACUCUAUUAGCUUCACCUUGACCAAUUUUGUUGAGAUGAACAAGCUUUGGGUCCGGCUACAACAUCAAGGUCAUUCGAGAGAACGGGAUUUGAGGACACAAGAGCGCAAAGAGCUCCAGUUGCUUGUGGGCACCAACCUUGUUCGACUUGGAAACCUCGUGGAUCUGGAGACAUAUAAAAGUGCCAUAUUACAGCCUCUAUUGGAACAGGUCGUGCAGUGUCGAGAUGUGUUGGCGCAAGAAUACCUUUUGGAGGUCAUUACACAGGUUUUCCCGGACGAAUAUCACUUACACACGCUCGAUCAGUUUUUGGCUGCGGUCUCUCGCCUAAAUCCUCAUGUUAAUAUCAAAGUUAUCGUUAUCGCUUUAAUGGACAGGCUAUCGUCAUAUGCAGCACGCGAAUCCGAGGCUCAGCCCUCAGAAGAUCGCCAGAAGCAGGAGGAAGAGGCAGUCGCAAAACUUAUGGAGACGAUAAAACUCAACAAGGAAAAGGAAGCGGAACAACCUCCACCAACAGAAUCGAACGGGGAACAAACCGAAUCUGAGCCAAAUGGAGCUGCCGAAGAGGUAGUUGAAGAGCAGGCGUCAGAGCAAACUGAAAGCACAGACAAAAGUACAGACACAGAAGCCCCUGCCAGCUCUGAGCCAGAACCUGCGAAUGGGACAGGUGAGGAAGAUGCGAUGGAUGAGAAAGACACCACUGCCACCAAACACAGAGGCAUUCCAGAGAGCAUCAAGCUCUAUGAGAUAUUCUUCGAGCAAGUUAUGAAUCUGGUAAAUGCCCAACAUCUUCCAAUCCAAGACACGACAGCUCUCUUGGUGUCAUUAGCCAACCUCGCACUCAAUAUUUACCCGGACCGUCUCGACUACGUUGACCAAAUUCUUGAUUAUGCCAAUCAAAAAGUCCAACAGCAUGCAAAUAGUGUGGAUCUUCAUUCGAAAGAGGCACAAGAGAAUUUACUUAGUCUCUUGCUGGCGCCCAUGAAAUCUUACGCCUCCAUUUUCACAGCUCUUUCGCUUCCAACAUACAUUCCAUUACUCCAUUCACAAACAUAUCCAACGCGAAGAGCAGUGGCUGGUGAGGUCGGCCGUGGUCUACAGCGUAAUCUAACCAAGAUAUCCUCGCAGUCACAACUAGAAGGCGUACUUGAGAUCCUAAAAGUUCUAAUCAAGGAGGGUACUCAGCAACCUGCUGGUUAUCCUGGAGUCUCACAAAGAAAGGCACUCGAGACCGACGAGACAAUUGAAGAGCAAGGAUGGCUUGCUCGGAUAGUACAUCUCAUUCAGAGCGAUAACAACGACACCCAAUUCAAGCUUUUACAAAUGACGAGAAAGGCAUAUGCGGAAGGUAAUGAACGAAUCAAAUUUACCACACCAGCUUUAAUCACCUCUGCAAUGAAGCUCGCGCGGCGAUACAAGUCAAGAGAGCACUAUGAUGACAAUUGGGAAUCUCAAUUAUCCGCACUCUACAAGUUCAUGCAUGCGUCCCUUUCUACUCUGAGCACUCGGGUCCCAACUGCUGCAGAGUUAUGUAUCCGCCUAUUCGUUGCUUGUGGUCAGAUCGCUGAUCAAACCGGCCCCGAGUCCGUCAGCUAUGAGUUCUUUGUCCAAGCAUUCACGAUUUAUGAGGAGCAAAUUAGCGAUUCGAGAGCACAGUUCCAAGCAGUCUGUAUCAUUGCCGGAGCUUUGCACGAGAGUCGAAACUUUUCGAGAGAGAACUAUGAUGCCUUAAUUACAAAAUGCGCUCAACAUGGUAGCAAGCUACUGAAGAAGCCGGACCAAUGCAGGGCUGUAUAUCUGGCGAGCCAUUUGUGGUGGGCUGUUCCGAUUGCUGCUAAAGGCGAGGCGGACGAUGAGAAGAAUCUUUAUCGCGAUGGCAAGAGGGUCCUCGAAUGCCUUCAGCGCGCUCUUCGUGUCGCAGAUACAUGCAUGGAUACCGCGGUAUCGGUUGAGCUCUUUGUUGAGAUUCUAAAUCGCUAUGUCUACUACUUUGACCAGCAAAAUGAGGCUAUCACUACAAAAUACCUUAACGGUCUCAUUGAACUCAUCCACUCAAACCUGCAAACAAACCAAGAAUCUGCCACCAUGGAUCACCCAAAACGCCAUUUCCAACGCACAAUAGAUCUGAUUGCAUCUAGGGAAUAUGAGGGUGUCAUUACAACCGCUCCGAAGUAG